AUGACUAUCACCCUGUACGAUGUGUCUGCUCUUCUCCAUCUUCCCACAGGGUCGAGGUUCUACACUCCGGGCAGAGGGGAGCGAGACGAGGUUGCAGCGCUUUGCGCCCAGCUCCUGGGAGGAUCUGUUGCUGCUUAUCUGGCUGAGUUUGAGGCGGCGGGUGGCCAGAACAUUCGGUUCAUUACUCUGAAGACCAUGUACACGUCUGCUAUGGAUGGGGGACGCUAUGAGGAUGCUGCUAGGAUCUGGCUGGUGAACCAGCUUGGUGCCACCCUCUUUGCCAGCAAGAGUGGUGGUUACCACACUACUGUCUACUGGAUCGGGAUGCUUGAGGACCUCGGUCGCGUGUCGGAGUACGCGUGGGGUGCGAUUGCGCUGGCUUCGUUGUACGAACAGCUGAGUCGUGCAUCCCGCAGGAAGACAGCGCAGAUCGGUGGGUUCACCUCCCUCGUGCUGUCAUGGGCGUAUGAGUACAUAUCCACCAGCGUCAUUAUCAGGACGGAGGUCCCCGGCUACACACAGGACCAGCCUAGGGCGCAGCGGUGGUCCACGUCUCGGAUCGCGCAUUCCGGACUCGAUGAGAGACGAGUCAUGCUCGAUGAGCUUACAGUGGAUGAUAUCACAUGGACCCCUUUUGAGGACCAUCGAGAUGUUCGACCGCGGGAUCCCAGGGCCCUCUAUUCCGGCUACAUCCGGACACCUUACGGCCGGUCUGUGAGCCGACAUCUACCAGAGCGGGUUAUGCGCCAGUUUGGCUUCAUACAGGACAUCCCUCGACACCCCUCUGAGAUCCAGACGACGGGGUCCCUUGCUGAGACCACAGAUGCUGCCUAUGCUGAGUUUGAGCCGCACCUCCGCCCUCAGGGGAUACCUGCUACAUAUCCGGGAGAGGCGGUGGAGGGUUACAUGAGGUGGUAUAGCAGAGUGUCACAUGUGUUCAUCAUCCCUGAGGAUAGGAGGGAGGAGCUUAGUGCCGUGUCUGCCAUACGUAGGGGUGUGGAGUUGUUGGAGCAGUCCCUGGAGGUGCCAGGUGCUCUUGCUCCAGGGACACAGCCCCGGAUCCUCACGGAGAGGGCGCUCGAUCUCUUUCGACGGAGUUCCUUCGUUGGUACCCAGGGAGUUGCCUUUUCUGCUAUUCGAGGAGCCGCAGCUGCGGGAGGCAGAGCUCGUGGAGGCAGAGCUCGUGGAGGCAGACCCCGUGGAGGCGGAGCUCGUGGAGGCAGAGCUCGUGGAGAGGGUGAUCCUGGAGAGGGUGUUCGUGGAGGUCGAGCUCGUGGACCCAGAGGUCGCAGGGGGCGGGGUCGGGGAGAGUGAUUUUAUUACACUUGUUAUGUGGGAUCCAUUAUUAUGUAUAUGUUAGGACUUUUUAUGUUAUGUUAUGACUCUUGCCUCGUUUUAUUUACAUGUGUUAUAUUUUUAGUCUUAA